AUGCAGACGGCCCGCGCUUACUAUCCAUCUAAUGGAUACUCCUCAUCAAAUGUCAUAGAAAUUGCUGACUCUUUCUCAUCCUUCCAGCCUGCUGCUAGCUCUUCAUCCAUGCUCGCAAAUCGAAAGGGCUUGCGACGCUUGCAGGCGGAGGAAGACAAAAAUCGCAAGUCUUGCACUUAUCUCGAGGCAUCUAAACCUCGCGGUCCACCCAAGGCUUACAUUACUGGUCUCGAGGAUAGGCUGGAGAAAAUGGAAGCGCUGUUGCGGCGGGUGAGUGGUCGCUAUGCUUAUUCAGCAUUUCUCUUGCAAUCAGGUCGUGGUGCAUGUUCACCAUACGGCACUCCUGUUUGCGUGCUACGCCCUGAAACAGAUUUCUCCUCCGAACUUGGACCGCCUGUCGUCCGCGACUCUUGGAAAACUGAGCAAGAGGCAGCAAGGCGGCUAUCUCCUCAUGAGAAGUCGUCCUCUCCUUCCGCUCCCCCUCAGAGACUGAAGGAUACCCCCCCUGCAUCUUCUCCUUCUCGCGUCCCACAACCUCUUGGCAUUUCCACUCCGAUAGUACCCUCAUCCCACAUAAGCAAUUACAGUCGACGUUCGGCUGGUACUCCUCGUACCGAUACUGACGCAUCAUCUGAUUAUUGUUCCUCCUCUGACAGCGAUGAACUUGGCGAACUCAGCAUAUCUCGAGGCAUGAAACGUCUCACUUUACGUGGGCUUGAACCAGCAUCGGAAGGCGCGAUGUUGGCGGACAGUCAAAACCGUUUUCAUGGCAAGAGCAGCUCAUUCAAGCUCAUUGGACCAGCUAGGAAGUUGAGAGAAGAACACAUGAAUAUGGUUACGAACACUACCCCGUACGGGACUGGGUUCGCGCAAAAUAGCAAUUCCGCUCAGCAGGCGGUUCCAAGGCCCAAUGAGCGAAGGUCGGAAUUCUGGAGUACCCCUUCCUGGGAACUUGCUUCUGAAGGGUUCAAAGAUGGGUUCGAGGACCUUUGCGCCUCACUCACAGCUGAAUUCCCUCCUCUCGACCUCGCUGACAAUCUGAUCAAGCUAUAUUUUCGACAUGUCAAUCCACAAUUCCCUCUUUUCCAUCGACCCACUUUCGAAAAGCAAUGGCGCGAUGGGUUAGCAGAGAAAGAUCCGUGGUUUGGGUGUCUUUGCCUAUCACUUUUUGCUGUGGCUAGCAGAUGGAGCGAUGACCCCCGCGUGCUAGCAGAUGGGUUCUACGAUAUGCCAGAAGAGGAAGGGGCGAAUCAGAACACCAAAUGGCAACGGGCGGGCUGGAGUUACUUUAAUACUGCAGCUGAUGUUCAUCGAGGGUCACGAAGUUUGUUCCACCCUCCCAAUCUCUUCGAAGUGCAAACUUUAUCGCUCAUGGGGAUGUUCCUUCGAGGCACCGCAUUCCACCCUGUAGCAUGGUUAUUCAUCAGUAUCGGGCUUCGUAAGGCACAGGACGUUGGAGCGCAUCGUAAAAAGGUGUAUGGGAAUAAGCCAAGCGUUGAUGAAGAGCUCUGGAAGCGGGCCUUCUGGAUGCUUGUCCUUUACGACCGGAUAGGUAGUGCUGCUUUAGGUCGGCCUUGUUGUUCUGGAGAAGAAGACUUCGACGUGGAACUUCCGCUCGAAGUCGAUGACGAGUACUGGGAACCUGAGGAUCCGGCGAUGGCCUUCCACCAACCCGCUGAUAAGCCCUCAAUGAUAGCGGCGUUCAACUCGCAUCUCAAGCUUACGAAGAUCGCUGCAUACGCUCUUCGGACCAUCUAUGCCAUUGACAGGUCCAAGUUGAUGGUCAGCGCUGCUCGACCACGAUGGCAGGAAGUGUUAACGCAGCUCAACACUGCGAUGACUGAAUGGGUCGAUUCUGUCCCCUCGCAUUUGCGAUGGUCAUCCCAGAUCGAGGACCAGCUCUUUGCGAACCAAGCUGCCACUCUAUACACAACCUACUACCUCAUUCAGAUUCUUAUAUAUCGUCCAUUCCUCCCGUCUUCUUUGCACUCCCUCCAGGCCAAACCGCCGCACUCAAAUAUGCCUGUUCCAUGCAUUGCCAUUUGCGUUAAUGCAGGCAAGUGCUGCGCGCGUAUCCUACGCACGCAGAUUCAACGUGGAUUGUCCAAUAUUCCAAAUCUUAUUUGCACUGCACACAUGUGUGCUGCCGUACUGCUCAUGAACUUCUGGGACCUCAAGGCACAGGAGCGAGCGCAGCUUCAGUCAGGGUUGAUGGAGGAUGUGAAGCCACCCCUGGCUCAUGCAAUGGCUGAACUGCUUGAGGAUGUAUCAGUGUUCACAGAGGCGCUUGAGCUUGUACGUCCUCGAUGGAGGAAUGCAGAAGUAUAUCUACGGGAUCUAGGCACAUCCAUGCCACAUACCCCAGAUGAUCAAUAUUAUCCGGAUGAGCCACAACGCCAGGCCCGUUCACAAUAUACAUAUCAACCGCAACCGGCCACAAGCUACACUCGUACACCCGAGUGUCGUCCAGUUGUGUCUAGUACUUAUCCAUACACCAGCCCUUCUUCAACUGGGGCAAGCCCACGAUGGUUCGAUUUUCCACAUAUCACAACACAUACGAUGCCCGUUUAUCCACCAUGGCUAUGCACCCCUAAUGCGGGUCUUAAUUGGAAUCAGCAACAGGUGCAGCAACGUUGUCGCCAGCCACAACAAUUACAACCGCAUUCACAGCCUGCAUCUUAUCCAACCGCUACCAUUCAGAGUUAUGAUACAGCACAAAUCAUUCCUUCUAUAUCUACUGGACGCAAAACCUCACUGUCAAGCCUUAGUUCAGGAGCCUCUGUGGACGGAGUGAUUGGAGGGGGCAUCCAAUAUGAGACGCUGCCUGGUUCAAACCCACAUCUUGGCAGAAGUAAUAUAAUCGCCCACCCGCGUUGUGGCCUCGGAGUUAGCGAGUCUGGAUGGGAUCGAAGUGCCAGAUACAACUGGCAGAAUGGGUGGGAACAUACCCACGCUGAAUAUGGUGCGAAUACAAAUAGUGGUGGAGGCGGGAUGCCUGCUGGGCGCGGGUAUGGUGGAGCUGUUGUUUCACAGCCAGUGGUGGCCACGCCGUUGAAAGGAGAGAGUGAAUACCCUCAUGGCCACAUGUUGUCGUAUGCUGGACAUUACUGA